AUGACGUCUCAUCAUCAUCGCGCUGGGCCGCUGAAGCAGAAAAAUAAAAAGCACAAGGCUGGUCGUCAUGAGUCCAAGACGUUAUUAGCAAAACGUACGGGUGGAAAAGUUGAAGGUCGUCGGAUUAGUGUGCGUAGUACUGGUUCAAGCAUUGGCAGCAUGAGUUUAUCAGGUCAAAAGGCGGCUCGUGUGCAGCGUCAGAAGCAGUUGCGAGGCAACAAACGCGAGGAAAUACUAUUGCAACGUCGUUUUGGACUUGGUAGUGCCCUUGGUCCACCCAAGAUUGUAGCUCUAGUGGGUCUCAGUGAUCAAGCCAAUCUAGUCGAAGUACAGCAGAGCAUCUUGGAGAGCGCAUCGAGUGUCGAGGAACCGCAGUCUCAAGACAUCGUACGACUUAAUAAUUGUACCAUUGGUGUCUAUAGCCAACACAAGCAGAAAAUAUGUAUCGUGGAUUGUGGCUGUAACUUGUUGGUGGCCUUGGACGCGGCCAAGGUAGCUGAUGUGGUUGUGUUCGUGCUGUCCGUGCACAAUGGAGCAGACGGAGGUUUGAGCGAGGAAGGUGUGAGGAUCAUAUCGGCUGUUCGUGCUCAAGGUUUGCCUACUACAGUGGGAUUGAUCCAGGGACUAGAAAAACACACACUCAAAAGCCAAACGGAGCUGAAGAAGCUAGGUAACAAGUUUUUUGCCACAGAGUUUGGCGAUAGUGCCAAGGUAGCUGCAGCAAACGUGCCCGGCCAAUUGUUUCGAGUAUUGGUUACGUUGUCACCAAAGAUUAUUCAUUGGCGUGAGGCGCGGUCGUAUAUGUUAGCUACGACGGCUACAUUUGUGCCUCGCACAGAGACAAAAAAUCAGCAGGGCGAACUAGUCGGUGCGUUGCAAGUGAACGGAUACUUGCGAGGCAAGCCAUUGUCGGUAAAUCAGCUUAUCCAUAUUACAGACGUAGGGACUUUCCAGCUAAGCCGCAUUACCCGUGAUGCGGUACGUCAGGUGCAGCGUGGAAAACUGGACGCAGCUAUGAACAGUAAACCCCCUGUCACUCCAGUGGCAAGUAUAACUGAACAGAAAGAGGAACUUGUGCUCGCAAUGGCUGACCCCACGCUCCAGGAGGACCUGCGUUUUGAGGCAGAAUACGAUCCUUUUGCCGCUGAACAGACGUGGCCUACAAAGGAAGAGCUGGCUGAAGCUGAAGCAGAGGCAAGGAAGCAACGUCAGGCGAAAAUUGUAGCUAAUAAAGGCGCAUCAAGCUACCAGGCAGCCUGGCUUAAAGGUGAAGAUGAGGUGGAUGAGGAGGACGGAAUGAACGAUAGUGAGGAGGAAAAAGAGCUGGCGGUUGACCAGGACUUUUGCAAGACUGGCGAGAACAACGACGACGAUGAUGACGACGACGACAUGUUUACUGAUAACGAGGACUAUGUCGGUCAAGCUCAAAAGCGUAAGGAUGAAGAAGAAAACAUGACGUUUCCAGAUGAAGUGGAUACUCCUGGAGAUCAGCCUGCUCGGGUGCGGUUUGCUCGCUAUCGUGGAAUGAAAUCGUUGCGCACGAGUGCAUGGGACCCGAAGGAGUCGCUUCCUUCGGAUUACUCUCGGUUGUUCCAGUUUGCGGACUUUGCGAUGGUUCAGCGUCUUGCUCUUACGCGCGGCAAGGAUGCUGAGCGUGCGAUGAAGGAUCAGCUGCGCCGCAAGGUCAAGAGCGAGCAGGCACGUUCUCGUGCUUCGUCGAUGGCAAUGGAGGACGUGGACGAUGCUGCCUCCGUUGCAUUAUCUUCUCUAGCUAGCGAUGCGCUUCCCAAGGAGUUUGGCGAAAGGGGUUACGUGCCGUCUGGCGUGUUCGUCACAUUGCAUCUCCAGAGUGUGUCCGUGCCAAAGCUGCAGGCGCGUAUACAGGCUGGUCCUCUUGUCAUGGGUGCGCUUCUUAAGCACGAAAACCGGCUUAGUGUGCUAAAUUUUUCAGUCCAACGAGCUGCGUCGUUUGCUGGUGAGACGCUGAAGUCGAAGGAGGAGCUUUCUUUCCAUUGCGGAUUUCGAAGGUUUUCGGGCAAACCCAUUUUCAGUGAUCAGAGUCUCAAGAGUGACCAACACCUUUUCCAGCGAUUCCUGCCGCAGAGUGGGUGGAGUGUGGCUACCGUGUACGGACCGGUGACAUUCCAGCCUGCUUCGUUGCUUCUCUUUAAGCCUAACGGGCAGCUUGUGGCUUCUGGCACACUGAAGAAUGUGAAUCCUGACCGCAUUGUGCUCAAGCGCGUGAUCAUCACGGGUACACCGGUGAAGGUGAAAAAACGAAAGGCCGUUGUACGCUACAUGUUCCACUCGCCGGAAGAUAUUCGGUGGUUUAAACCUGUCGAGCUUUCGACCAAGCAUGGUCUAACAGGCCAUAUCAAGGAAUCUCUGGGUACGCACGGUGACCUGAAGGCUGUAUUCAACAAACCCAUUAAGCAGCACGACACUGUUUGUAUUCACCUAUAUAAGCGCGUUUAUCCCAAAUUUCCAACGAUGAAUUCCCUGUCGAACUAG